AUGAAGCUGUCAAUCUUUGUUUCCGCCCUUUCCCUCGUCACGAGUGCACUCGCAGGAGCUGUUGAGCUUCCCGCUGGUGUUCCUCGAAGCGUGGAUGAGUUUCGUGAGAAACAUCAAUACACGCCGCCAGCCAAGCGCAGUCACCGCAAGGUGUUUACCAUCAGGGCCUCCAAGAACGAUCAUGAUGAUGUUUCGUCUGAGUUCUACAAGGGCUUGAAGAGGGCGAACAAGGGAGGUACACUCCACUUGACCAAGGGACAUACAUAUGUCAUUGGCAAGCCUCUUGACUUGACCUGGCUGGAUAAUGUCCAUGUUCAUCUUGAUGGAGAGAUCAAGUUUACCAAUGAUACUGGGUACUGGCAGAAGAACUCCUUCACUCAUCCCUUCCAGAACUCGAUCAUGUUCUGGAAGUGGGGAGGCAAGAACAUCAAGAUCUACGGUAACGGAGUGUUGAACGGAAACGGUCAACGCUGGUGGAACGAGUUUGCCGGUAAAGAGAUUCUGGACAAGACGAACCAGUACCUUCGUCCCAUUCUCUUCUACGCCGAGAACGCCACUGGUCUGGACAUUCAGGGAAUCCACUUCAAGGAUUCGCCCUGCUGGACCAACUUUGUCGUUACUUCAAAGGACAUCUCUUUCAAGGAUGUUAUCUGCACGGCUCACUCCAACAACGCCACGUCUCUUCCCAAGAACACCGACUUUUUUGAUUCUUUGAAUGUCGAGCAUCUGACGGUUGAGCGUGCCUGGGUUGAUAUCGGUGAUGACUGCUUCUCACCCAAGAGCAAUGCUUCGGAUGUCUAUGUCAACACCAUGUACUGCAACGGCACCCAUGGACAGUCCAUUGGAUCUCUUGGUCAGUACAAGGGCGAAAAGUCCUUUGUCAAGGAUGUCGUCAUCGAGAACGUCUGGAUGCUCAACGGCCAACACGGAGCCCGUCUCAAGACCUGGGCCGGCCCUGAUGUUGGUUACGGUUUCAUCGACAACGUCACUUUCCGAAACUUCUGGGGUGGCAACAACGAGUACACUGCCUUCAUCGACUCUUGCUACUUCAACAUUGACGAGGCAACAUGUGCCAAGUACCCCUCGCAGAUGAACAUCACCAACAUCCUCUUCGAGAACUUUACCGGUUACUCAUCCGGCAAGUACGGCGAUGCCAUCGCGAGGUUGACAUGCAGCAGCAACCCCAACGCCGUGUGCGAGAACAUCAAGUUCAAGAACUUUGACAUCAAGACGCCUUGCGGCGGAAAGCCUGUUGUCAUCUGCGAUGGUGUUUCAGACAUUGGCAUGGACUGUGUGAGUGCGACCAGCAAGGAAGCCAAGGCGGCAUUGGCGAACAAGUGCACUGCCCCUGCGGCUUCUGUGAGUCCAUUCAAGGUCCGAAAGUUUCAUGAGUAA